AUGAGUUUAGAUGAGAUGGAAUCACUUGCUAAUUCAUUUCGCAGAAAACCUAAGAAAAAUUAGUCUAUAUAAAUAUAAACAGAUGAAACAAUUGCUACGAUAGAAAUUUUAGAAUCAGAUAUGAAUAAAUUCAGAAUUGAAAAUUUGAGGCUUUAACAAUAGAUAAAGUAAUUACAAGAGAGUUUAGUUCAUUGUUCUGUCAAUGUAACAAAUACAUCUUCUAAAUUUAUGUUGCCAAGCGAAUUUAAAUUAAAAUAUGAAAAUAUGGUCAAGGAAACACUCCCAUCAGCUUUUGGCUAUCUAUUUGAUUAACCAAAAGUGCUAGUCUAAGUUGUUCAAUAGAGUUGUCUCUUUUUAGAAUAAGUGAUCAGAGAAGAACUGAACAAUAAGACAUUAUAAGUUGCUUCAAUACUUGGAAUAAAUUGUUAAGGAUUAUUCAGUCUUUUAUAAAAGUUAUAUUAGGAUAAUUACUAAAGUGUUUUGGGUUUCAAUGAUAUAACAAUAAGCAAAUUAAAAUCGCAUUUAAAAUUGAAUAUCAAAGACAUAGAUGAAUUUAUAGAGGAGGAAAACGAUGAUUUGAUUGAAUGGAUGAAAUAAUAUUGGCUAUUGUUAUCAUAUAUCAUUCUGAGUGAUUAAGAGAUUAACAUCGGUUUUAGUAGAGUGAUAUACGAAGUAGUGUCAUAUCAAAAGAAUGAAUAUUAUUGUGUAGAUGGAUUUGGUAAAGAAGGAGCUAAAAGUUUAGUGAUACUCCCACCAAUUAUGAGAAAGAAUCAAUCAUUCAAUGGAGUCAAACAUGCAGUAUUAAUAUUAUCAAACAAUUUUGAUUGCUCAAUAUUUAGUUAAGAGAAUAAUCUGCAAGAUACAAUUUAAGAAUUGAAAUCUUAUAAUUCACCUAAAUAACUAACUAUUCCUUAAGAAACAAGAGUGGUUGAGGAGACUAAGAGAAGUAGUUUACAAUACAGUGCAAGAGAGAAUACAUUUUAAAGUCAGGGAUCUGAAAAAUUUGAUACUUUUGAGGAGUACAGGAUUAAACCAUUAUAAAAGUAACCUUUAAAAUCAAUGAAGGAGACUCUAUCUAAAUUAAAUUAAUAUAAUAAUAGCAGCAAUAAUUAAUCAUUCAAAGAGAUUUCAAAACUGCUUAAGUAAGAUUCGAAGGACAAUAAUAAAUUUAGUUAGUUAAACUAUAUUCAAAGUAAGAUUAGUGACAGCAAUUGGAGCAGGAUUCUAGCUAAUAAAAGAAAUAAAGAAAAUCAUCAGCUUCUCAAUUAAUCUUAGUAUUAACAACCUUAAUUAACAAUCCAAUAAUUUCUCAAGAAAAUCUAGAUAGAUUUCUCUCGUCCUUUGAAGAGUCGACAUGAUGAGUCAAAAUUCAUUAAAUCACAAUAAGAUAGUUUCAGAUAGAGAGCUCAGUCGAAUGAUGGAAAAUUUGUUAAAUAUUAUAAUGAUUCCUUUAAUUAGAAAUCUAAUAAUUGA